UUUCUCGUCUCUCUCUCUCUCUCCCUCCCUCCCUGUGGUUUUUUGCUUCUGUUUCUUAAUCUCCAUAACCAAUAUUCUUCAAGCUUCACCAAAAAAUACGUAUAUAUUUUCGCUUUCAGCAAACAUCGAAACCACAUCUGUUCUGGGAAUCGUCCUGAUUCGGUGUUGGCGCCAUCGCGAUUGAGGUUCCCAGGUUUCAAAGUCGUUAGCAAUCACCGAAAACGCGCUAGAGUGAGAGGAGCUAUAUUGAUGGAGCACUGGGCGGCGAAGAAGAAGAAAAAAGAAGCAGCUGAGAACCAGUUCCAGCGUUUGCCAGACGACGUCGUACUCAACAUCUUCAACAAGCUCUAUGACAUCCAAUGCCUCUGCAGAUGCUUUGUUGUCUCCAAGCGAUUCUCUUUCCUCAUCCCUCUCGUCCAAACAGUCUCUAUCGAAAGCAAAACCUGGAGUUCUAAAUAUGAUUGCAAAACUGUUCCCUGGAAAUCUAGAUAUGGUCACGGAGGAACUCUUCCCCUUGGAAAUCUCUCAGAAAACUUAAUAACCAACUUGGUCUUCAGACCCCUUCGAGAGCUCUACUUUCGCUUUGUCUUUCCUACUUCUCAUCGGGAUGUUUCUGGAGUCAUGUUCCUCUCUAAAUUAACACACGUUCGAGCUCUCAACAUUGAGCUUCCCUCCAAUUUCGUUGGUGAAGAUGAUUCUGUUUCCAAAUGGGGUGCUAAAUUCACCCCAAAUCUCGACAGUGUCACGUUUCUCUAUGCAUCAUCUCUCUCUAAAAUGAUGGAAUCUGAACAACAACAACAACAACAAUCUGAAUCUGAAGAACCUGAAGAAGAAGAAGAAGAAGAAUCCGAAGAAUCUGAAGAAGAAGAAGAAGAGGAAGAAUCUGAAUCUGAAUCUGAAGAAGAGGAGAAGGAAGAAGAAGAAGAAGAAGAAGAAGAAGAAGAAGAAAUGGAGCAUGGGAUUACUAAUAGGGAGCGAAAUCGUCGAAUAGUUAUAGCCAUUGAAUGCAUAAAAGAUGCAGUGUUGUGGCUAGGGAUCUUGUUUUUUGUUUCAGAUUGCCCUCUUUCGCAUUUUCCAAUGCUUCAGAGCGUUACCAUCACCGAUUCUAAGAAAAAGGGGGCGAAGCUCUGUUUGAGUGGUGAAAAGCUUGCGGAGUGCAGGAAUACAUUCAGUAUGACCAGGAUGCAUUCGUUGUCGAACAUGGCUUGGUCAUGGACGCUAGAGAAUAUGAGGGUUGGGUAUGUGCCUGUUUUACAUCUGCCAAUGUCCGAGUAUGUGAUGAAAGGGGUCACCAUUGUCAACUACAAAAUGUUUGCUGAUGAUGAUUAUGACGCCUAUAAGGCCAUGGUGGAUGCUUUUGCGGAGGAACAAGAUGUGUUUUCAGAAGCCGUGGUGCAGAUUCAGGAAAAACACAAGGACUGUAUGAUCAAUUUAUUGUUCUAGAACUCAAAGUUGAUGCUAAAUCUGAAUUAUGUCUUUAGUUGCUGCUGUUAUUACUGCUUUAAUUUUACUUACCAAUUCAGAAGCUUCGCCUGCAUUGCAAGUCUACAAUUCUGCAUUGCUAGUCAGUUUAGUGUUCAAUUUUUUUGCAUUGUUCCAAAUGUGCCUACAUUGUUCGUUUAAAUUUGAAGCAUUCUGCUUUGAUGUUAUGGUUA